AGCACGUGAGUUGAAAGUAUAAAGAGAAAGAGGGUUCAAGGGUGAAACGUGAUUCAUUCAUUCAUUCAUUCACUCAUUCACUCAUUCCUUCUCCAACUGUCUUUUGUCCCAAGCAGCUUCUCGAAGGUAGGCAAAGGACGGUAGUAACAGAGACACUUACAUCAUAGGGAUUUUAUCAAGCAACUCGUUCUUUCUUUGAACCAUUCAAAUGUGAACUUUCUCCAUUUUACCAAAAUCAAAAACCACUAGUUAACUACCUAAACAAAACAUACGACCGCUAUCGUCAUCACGGCUCUGCCAAACUUGGUACAACCUUGAGUAACCUUAUUAGCCCAGCACACUAAUACCAGUGCUGGCUUUUCCGUUUGUUUAAUAAACCUUUCUUCUUCUCCAUCAAAAUAUCUAUUAAACUACAUAUUUACAUACAUAUACCACACCUUCAAUUGCUUGCUACCCUUCAUCUAAACAGUAAGUUGAAAUCGGAUUCUUUCAUUCAACCGUUUCCAUGCGAUAUGUGCCAUCUGCAAGGUGUAUUUGUAUUACUUGUACAACGACGGAUAUUUCUCCUUACCUUGCAUUUGUACCAUGCAGGAAGCUGACACGGCAUUUUCAAUAGUUUUCCAUCAUUCUUCGCCAUAACAUUACAUUCCUAUUCCUCUUGAUACCUAGAAUUAAUUUGACUUUUUCACCAUGGCUCUCACUCGUAAGUCUUUAUCCUCUGCAAGCCCUUGACCCCGCCAAACCAAGUUUUUUCUUCCGGAGAGCGCUUGCUAAUUGUCGAUCAUGGCAGGUCCCCUAACGGGAACCAUUUCAUUGAUCUUAAUCGGUGCAUCGAUUAUGUUCAUGUUCUUCGUGAUACUAGGUGGCAUAACACAAACGACUCCUUUAGACAAGACACAAUUUCUCACCGCCGACACUUCGAGUAUUGCUGGAGCCAGACCAGUUUCACAAUGGAACUAUUUUAGAAUCUGCGGGGAAGGAAACACCGAUUGUGGGAGCUCGGUACCAGCUCUUCCUUUCGGUUACGCUUGGGUUGGUGGUGGUGAUGGGGCUCCUUCUAGUCUUCUUGGGUGAGUUAUGCCCUGAUUGUGAAUAUGUCGCAACAAUUACUGAUAUUUUGAAGUUCGCACGCCAAAAAUACAACGAGCUCUUCCUACUACUACAUGUGGAGAUUUGGAUGGGUGUUUUAUCUUAUAGGACUUUUUUUCACCGUCUUUGCAUUCUUCGCUUCGAUGUUGGCUCUGUGCAGUCGACUUGGAUCAUUUAUAGGAGCUUGGUUGACAAUGGUUGCCCUAUUCUUCUUUAGCAUCGCCGCUUCAUUAAUGACGUAAGUUCCUUCACAGUCUCGUUUCAAUCUAUCAUAUAGCUAAUCAAAAUUCAGUGCCGAAUUUGUAAAAGCCCGCAACAGAUUCCACGAUGCCGGUAUAAAUGCUAGCCUAGGACGAUAUGCCUUCGGCUUUACAUGGGCAGCAUGGGCUUGCUUAGCUAUCGCCACAAUUUUACUCUGCAUUGGAGGAGCAGCUACAAAUUCAACGCGUAGGGAGCGUCAUAGAGAAAGAAUAGCAUCUGCUGCUCGUGAUUUUCCUGUUACAAGUGCUACAAGUCCAGGUGCGGAUGGUGGUAGGUUUGGAUUCUAUCGCAAUCAACGCGAAAGACGCGCUGCUCGUGAGGCGGGUCGUCGUAGCUCUUUCGAAAGAAAUGAGAGUCAGCGACGUGUCAAGGAUGAUGACUAUGCUUAAUUGCAUAUCUUCAUCAUGAUUGAUGUGAUCGAGAUGGAUACUGAUGAGGAUGAUGAUGAUGAGGUUGACAAUGUCAAAUUGAUGUUGGGGAUAUCAAUUGCUGAUGACUCAUGAAUGCAUGGGGUACAAGUGUGGAUGGGAUAUACACAAGCAUUAAUUAAUGGAUACCGUGGAUCGGGUUUCUUUGGAUUUAAUACAUACAUACAUACAAAUUCAUGAACUUGUAAGCGGACGGGGAAUGGGAAUGGGAAUAGGAGGACAGUUAAUUGUACAUUAAUAGUAAUCGGGGAAAGCGGUUGUCCCCGGAAAGCGGUUGUCCU